ACCACGCUUUGCCCUAUUAUAGCAAAAAAGUAUAUAAAAGGAGGAACCCCCACCCUCUUUGUUUCGUCGACUCGCUAACACUAUCGUUUCCAUCAUGCCCACCUCGCUUCGCGACCAUCUUCCGUUUAACGACUUCGCUCCUCUCACCACCGACGUGACGGAUGCGGCCAUCCGCCGUUUGUUCGAAGAGCAAUUGCCGCUUUCCCACCAGUUGAUUGGCAAAGCCCAACCGGUGCCCAACUCCAAAAAGGCCGGUUUUUCGCCCGUCUACCGCAACAGCAACACACCGCACGCUAUCUACAACACUAUCAACUCCGGGAUCCACACGUUUUACGACAUGUGGAACAACUCUGUCAAGUUGUGGCCCAACAAGCGUUGCUUGGGCCAGCGAGUCUUCAACGACGGUACUAAGCAGUUUUCCAACGACUUUACCUGGAAAACUUUUUCCGAAAUCAAUGCCAUCAAGACCGAUGUGGGCUCGGGCUUCAGACACGUGAUAGAAAACAACCCAUACCGCAUGCCUAAACACGACACCUUGUCGCAGUAUGUCAUUUCCAUCUACAGCGGAAACCGCCCGGAGUGGGUCAUCACCGAUAUUGCCUGCACGUCCUACGACUUGGGCACCACCUGUUUGUACGAUGUCUUGGGGAAAGACUCCUCGAUGUACAUCUUGAACUUGACCGAGAGUCCAGUGGUGGCCUGUGCGGCUGAUAAGGUUGAGCAGAUCAUCCAGACGAAACGAGACAACCCGGAAGCGUUGGAGUUGUUAAUCACAAUCAUCUGCUUUGAUUCGUUAAAGGUGCUUCCUCCAAGGCUUCUCGAGGAGGCGAAGAAGCAAAAAAUCACCUUGUACGAUUUUGACCAGAUCAUUGAGAUCGGUAAGAGGAAUCGGAUUCCCGAGAUUCCCCCAACUCCAGACUCCAUUUUCACCAUCAGCUUCACCCUGGGAACUACUGGAAAGCACCCUAAGGGUGUGAGCUUAAUCCACAGUAACUUUGUGGCGCUGAUUUCGUUUUGCUUAUCGCACAUUCAGAGACCGCCAAACUCCACCAACUACUGCUUUUUGCCGUUGGCCCACUUAUUUGAGAGAAUCACCACCACUUUUUGCCUCGCAGGUGGAGUUCCGGUUGGGUUCCCGUCUCGCCACGAGUUGGAGUACGACGUCGGACUGUACAAGAGAGGCGUCCGUGACCCGUUGUACGACUUGAUUGCCGACUUGAAGGUUCUCAAGCCAACCUUCUUGACUUCUGUCCCACGUAUGUUCUCGAAGAUUGAAGGGCAUAUCAAGAACUACAUCGCUAGCAUGCCAGAGGCACGGAAAGCGAAAUUUGAGAGUGCGAUCAGCCGCAGGAUUCAGUUGCAGGCACAGUACGAUGGCGCUACGGGUGAAGACCCUGAAACCCAGCAAUACAUCGACGAGAUCCGCAGCUUGGUGGGGUUUGACAACAUGCACACGUGUAUGACGGGUGGGGCCCCGAUUGCGGGUGAAUCUAUCAUCAACUUGAAGGCCGCUUUAGGCACCGGGUUCGCCCAGGUUUACGGGUCGACCGAAGUCACCUCCACCCCUUGUGCUGCCAACCCGUACGAGAAGGAGCCAGGUACUUCCGGUCCUAUCGGGAUGUUCGGUGAGCUCAAGUUAAGAGACAUCCCGGAAAUGGCCUACAGAACCGAAAACGUGGAUGCCAAGGGGUAUAUCAGUGGUGAGGUAAUGUUGCGUGGCCCUUUAGUAUUCAGCGGGUACUACAAGAACGAAGAGGAGACCCGCAAAUCCAUAGACGACGAAGGGUGGUUCCUUACGGGGGAUGUGGGUAAGCUCAACGUGAAUACCGGUCGAAUCUACAUUGUUGACAGGGUGAAGAACGUGUUCAAGUUAGCCCAGGGUGAGUACAUCGCACCUGACCGCUUGGAGGGUAACUUCAUCGGCAGUAACCCCGAAAUUGCGCAGCUUUAUAUUCACGGUGACUCCCUCCAGACAUACCUUGUGGCCAUUGUGGGGUUGAACCCAGAGGCGAUUCCUAAGUGGCUAGAGGAUAACUACCAGAUCAAGACCACCAGCGAGGAGGAGAUCUUGAAGAUAUUCGAGAGGCGCGAUGUGAGGGCGAAGUUGUGUAAGUUAUUCAACGACAGAGUGGUGGAGCAAUACGGGAUCCAGGGCUUUGAGAAAAUCUACAACAUCCAUUGCGAGUUUAACCCGUUGACGGUCGAGCGCCAGGUCAUCACCCCAACUUUCAAAAUGAAGAGGCCGAUGUGUGCGCAGUUUUUCAAGUCGGACACUGAUAGAAUGUACCAGGAGGGCAAAAUCCUUGAUGCCAAGGCGAAGUUGUAAGGUAUGACUCGGUCUAUAUGCUUAUCGUGAUAUAAGGCUAAUACUCUCUCCAAGUAUGUGUAAGGUGUAUACUUUCGAUCUCAGCGAAAAUAUUAAUCGUCAUUACUUC